AUGUCGCCGGAUAAAAGGCGAUCGCAUCUGGUCACCAACUGUGAAACGUUGACACAAUCGUCGGCACUAAAGAGGAACAUCGUGGUCUUGCUUCUGCGACCUUUUGUCAUAUACUUGCCAAGUGGUACCUACCUGAGUGCUUACCUUUGGCAUUACACUGGUAAAGACGUGAUGGACUUACAUAUGUAUCCGUCUGCGACCGACACUUUUCAUACACGCGGGUUAUGUGGGACACUCAACGGACGAACGGACGAUGACUUUACUCAACCAGAUGGACAAAUUACGGGAGAUAAUAAUAUCUUCUCCCAAUCAUGGAGUGUUAAUGACCAGGAUGAAAAUCUCAUUACGAUGUCUGCUGACGCUCUUCAAAAAUUGACCAUCUGGAACAGAACCGAAAAUAUACAGUUCUGUACAUGUAAUGGACCGUCACACAACAUUUCCUGUACACAUGAUGCUAUAGCAACGUGUGUUAGGGAUGACGAAUCUCCCGUAGUGAAACAGAACCGAUGUCGGAACAGGAGGUCAAGGUCUUUACGCCCCAUCUCUGUGAUAACGAACACAACAGAACAACCCAUAGUGACCAUGCCACUACAAAUAUGGAAUACUACCACAGCAACAGAUUACUGUGAAAAAUUUCUGCGAGGUUCAACAUCAUUUGAAACCUGUGCCAAACAAGUCCCAGCAACAGACCCGUCCAAUUCUGUCGACACAUGUGUGCUUGAUAUUAUGGUGACACAAACAACCAUGUGGGCUACCUCCGCGAGGGAAUCCCUAAAGUCUGUCUGUCUGAAAGAACUGAAACAGAACACAACGUAUCAUAAGGCAGAUUCGGCUGAUCAGCCAUCUAUUGCUCAGCAAAUCAAGGAAAUCACAUGUCCCAACGAAUGUAGUGGACAUGGACACUGUGAAAAUGGUACCUGCACGUGCGAUACAUAUUUCGGAGCUGCUGACUGUUCUAUUGAUAUUCGAAUACCUCCACACAUAUAUGGUAUCAACCUCGACACGAACAGUACGUGUGAUCUGAACACGUGCCACGUAGCCAUCGUUGAAGGAGAAAAGUUCAUCGAUACCAAAAACCUUACAUGCCAUAAUACUCUAUAUGAAAUAAACCCUGAUGGCAAAGAAACGCUACUAAAUCUCCUAACAACAAAUGCACAAUUCAACACUUUUGUUGAGGUAUUUUGUCCAAUUCCGACUAAGGUGAAACGUUCGGAUAAGCACCACUUUGCUUACAAAUGGUCAGUAGGGGUCAGUAACGACGGGCAGAAUUUCGGACAGGCCUCAGACCUGAUUGUUUACCACGGAGUUUGCCAGAAUGCGAUGCGAAACAACACAACCACGGUGGAAAUGAAAGUAUGA